UUUACCCUACGGUGGUGGCGUUCGGUCGCUUCCCACAGCGACGAUAACAACAACACCAACUGAAGGUAGAGGGGAAACUGCGACACGACCAGACCAGACUACGUGGGUUGCAACGGGAGCUGGUCAAAGAAUCAUCUUCUUCUUUGGCCUCCUAGAGUGGAGUGGUGGGACUCCCAGCGAGCUUGCUGCGUCCUUCUGUUGCUACUGCCGGAGUGAGUUAGAGUUUCGUGUGGGGGUGACAUGGCGAGCACAUCCCAAUUAGUUCGCUAUAUUGGUCCGGGUACGGCAGCUGGAGGAGGGAGCUUGGACACGCUCAAUAGGAUUCUCGCUGACCUGUGUGUCAGAAAUCCUAAGGAUGGGACUGCAUUAGCAUUAAAGAAACAUCUAGAGGAACAAGCUUGUGAACUUAGCGGGGAAGCCUUUUCCCGUCUCAUGGAUCAAUUGUAUGACCGUAUUACCAGACUAUUAGAGAGUAACGACGUUGCUGAUAAUUUGGGAGCACUAAGAGCAAUUGAUGAAUUGAUAGAUGUACCACUUGGCGAAAAUACCUUAAAAAUUUCAAGGUUCUUUGGUUAUAUGAGAACUGUGUUUGAGAUGAAACGCGAUCGAGAGAUUUUGAUGCUUGCUGGCGCUGUCCUCGGUCAUCUAGCUAGGGCUGGAAGGGCUACAGCUUCCGAUGAAGUGAAAACACAGGUGAAAAAUGCACUUGCAUGGCUUCAUGGUGAAAGAGUGGAGUAUCGUCGCUUUACUGCGGUUUUGAUUUUGAAAGAAAUGGCUGAGAAUGCUCCAACAUUAUUCAAUGUUCACGUACCUGACUUUGUAGAUGCGAUAUGGGUGGCAUUGAGAGAUCCAGUGCUAGAAGUUAGAGAGCAAGCUGUAGAGGCACUACGUGCUUGUCUUCAAGUUAUUGAAAAGCGUGAGACACGUUGGCGUGUGCAGUGGUAUUACCGUAUGUUUGAAGCUACACAAGAUGGACUGGGGAAAAAUGCUCCUAUUCACAGCAUACAUGGUUCUCUACUUGCAGUGGGUGAGCUUUUGAGGAAUACAGGAGAGUUCAUGAUGUCAAGGUACAGAGAAGUUGCAGAAAUUGUUCUAAGAUAUCUUGAGCAUCGGGAUCGGCUUGUUCGUCUCAGCAUAACUUCUCUUCUGCCUCGCAUAGCCCAUUUCUUACGUGAUCGCUUUGUCACAAACUAUCUAAAAAUAUGUAUGGAUCAUAUACUUGCAGUUCUAAAGAUUCCCGCUGAGCGUGCUAGUGGCUUCAUUGCACUUGGAGAGAUGGCUGGUGCUUUAGAUGGUGAACUUGUUCACUUUUUGCCGACAAUAAUGUCUCACAUACGUGAUGCUAUUGCUCCUCGAAGGGGUAGACCCUCACUCGAGGCUUUGGCAUGUGUUGGGAAUAUUGCAAAAGCAAUGGGGCCAGCAAUGGAACCUCAUGUUUGCAGUCUUCUCGAUGCCAUGUUUGCAACUGGGCUUUCAUCUACACUCGUGGAGGCUCUGGACAAGAUAAGUGUGAGUAUCCCGUCUUUGCUGCCAACAAUACAAGAGAGGCUUCUUUCUUGCAUUUCGGUUGUUCUAUCAAAAUCACCACACAGCAACUCGAGGUCUUUAGUUACAAUGAAUCGAGCGAAUAUAACGAACACUGCUCAACACAUAAUGGAACUUACUGUUCCUGCCAUGGUGCAACUAGCUUUGCAAACACUUGCACGUUUUAAUUUCAAGGGACAUGAUCUUCUUGAACAUGCAAGGGAUACAAUUGUUCUAUAUUUGGAGGAUGAGGAUGGAACCACAAGGAAAGAUGCUGCUCUUUGCUGCUGCAGUUUGGUAGCAAAUUCCUUUUCUGGCACUCAAGGUGUCCAAUAUAGUCAAAGCAGGUCUAGUCGAAAUUGGGCAAGACGAAGGCGUCUUGUGGAAGAGAUUGUUGAGAAGCUCCUUAUUGCAGCUGUCACUGAUGCUGAUGUUUCUGUCCGUCUCUCAGUUUUCUCCUCCCUGCACGGUGAUUGUGGCUUUGAUGAUUUUCUCGCACAAGCUGAUAGUUUGAGUGCUAUAUUUGCUGCACUAAAUGAUGAGAAUUUUGAAGUCCGAGAAUAUGCUAUUUCUACUGCUGGAAGGUUAUCAGAAAAGAAUCCUGCUUAUGUUCUUCCAGCACUCCGUCGCCAUCUCAUUCAGUUGCUGACGUACCUAGAACAAAGUGCAGAUAAUAAAUGCAGAGAAGAAAGUGCAAAACUAUUGGGUUGCUUAAUCCGCAAUUGUGAACGAUUAAUACUUCCAUAUAUUGCUCCAGUCCAUAAGGCACUUGUUGCCAAACUCUCUGAGGGAACUGGGGUGACUGCUAAUAAUGGCAUCAUAAGUGGAGUUCUUGUCACUGUAGGAGAUCUUGCUAGAGUGGGUGGUUUUGCUAUGAGGCAAUAUAUUCCUGAACUUAUGCCAUUAAUUGUUGAUGCUUUAUUGGAUGGAGCUGCUGUUGCAAAACGUGAAGUUGCUGUUGCAACCCUUGGUCAAGUUGUACAAAGCACUGGCUAUGUGAUAACUCCUUAUAUUGAAUACCCAAUUUUGCUGGGUUUACUGUUAAAGCUGCUACAUGGUGAUCUAGAAUGGUCUACUAGAAGAGAAGCUUUAAAGGUUCUUGGUAUUAUGGGCGCGUUGGAUCCUCAUGCACACAAGAACAAUCAGCAAAGGUUGAAUGUAUCACAUGGUGAUGUUGCCCGUGCAGUGAGUGACAUAGGGCAACAUAUCAGAUCUAUGGAUGAAUUGCCCAUGGACCUUUGGCCGUCCUUUGGGACAUCAGAAGAUUAUUAUUCAACGGUAAUGUAUUACUAUUCAAAUGGCCUUUUUAUAUCAUAUUUUCUAAUGCGCAUACUGCUCCAGGUAGCUAUCAAUUCCCUUAUGCGAAUUCUUAGGGAUCCUUCGUCUUCCAGCUACCAUCAGAAAGUGGUUGGAUCACUGAUGUUCAUUUUUAAGUCCAUGGGUCUUGGCUGUGUUCCAUACUUGCCUAAGGUCUUGCCUGUUCUCUUUCACAUGGUUCGCACAUGUGAAGAUGGUCUCAAGGAAUCUAUAACAUGGAAGCUUGGAACUCUGGUGUCUAUUGUUCGUCAGCAUAUCAGGAAAUAUCUGCCUGAGUUGCUUUCAUUGAUUUCUGAGUUAUGGUCUUCAUCCUUCAGCUUACCAGCUCCUAACCGCCCUACACAUGGUUCCCCAAUUCUGCAUUUAGUGCAACAGUUAUGCUUGUCCCUCAGUGACGAAUUCCGAACAUAUCUUCCUGAGAUUCUUCCAUGCUGUAUUCAAGUUCUCUCUGAUGCUGAGCGCUUUAACGAUUAUACAUAUGUUACUGAUAUUCUCCAUACACUCAAAGUGUUUAGUGGAACACUGGAUGAGCACAUGCAUCUACUGCUACCUGCACUUAUAAGAUUGUUCAAAGUGGAUGCCUCUGUAGAUAUUAGGCGUGCUGCUAUCAAGACUCUCACAAGAUUGAUCCCUCGAGUGCAGGUUACUGGCCACAUAUCUGCAAUUGUGCAUCACUUGAAGCUAGUUUUGGAUGGGAAAGAUGAUGAGCUGAGGAAGGAUGCUGUUGGUGCACUUUGCUGUCUUGCUCAUGCUAUAGGGGAGGACUUUGCCAUUUUUAUUCCUUCAAUUUACAAGCUUCUUUUGAAGCAUCAUUUACGGCACCAGGAGUUUGAAGAAAUUGAAGGGCGUUUAAAGAAACAUGAACCUAUUACCCUUGGAAGCACAUCUGCUGAGAGAUUAAGCCGACGUCUAUCGGUUGAAGGUAUUAGUGACCCGCAAAAUGAUACGGAGAAUGAUCCUCAUGAUGAUGGGAAUGAUGGACACAGACAACAUAGAAGCCACCAGGUGAAUGAUGGUAAAUUACGUUCUGCUGGUGAGGCCUCCCAGCGUAGUACAAAGGAAGAUUGGGCUGAAUGGAUGAGGCAUUUUAGCAUUGAACUUCUGAAGGAAUCACCUUCGCCAGCUUUACGUACCUGUGCAAGGCUUGCUCAGUUGCAGCCUUUUAUUGGGCGUGAGUUGUUUGCAGCUGGUUUUGUGAGCUGCUGGUCUCAACUGCCUGAAGCUAGUCAAAGACAGCUAGUUCGCAGCCUAGAGAUGGCAUUUUCUUCUCCUAACAUUCCUCCUGAGAUUCUUGCUACACUCCUGAACCUGGCUGAGUUUAUGGAGCAUGACGAAAAACCUCUUCCUAUAGAUAUUCGCCUUCUUGGAGCUCUUGCUGAAAAGUGUCAAGCAUUUGCAAAAGCUUUACAUUACAAAGAGAUGGAAUUUGAAGGUGCUAGAUCAAAAAAGAUGGAUGCCAAUCCUGUUUCUGUUGUGGAGGCACUUAUCCACAUAAAUAAUCAAUUACAUCAACAUGAGGCUGCUGUUGGAAUAUUGGUCUAUGCACAGCAGAAUCUGGACGUGCAACUGAAGGAAUCUUGGUAUGAGAAGUUGCAACGGUGGGAUGAUGCACUCAAGGCAUACACUAUCAAGUCCGCCCAGGCAUCCAGUCCACAACUUAUUCUGGAUGCAACAUUAGGACGGAUGAGAUGCCUUGCUGCCUUGGCUCGUUGGGAAGAGCUUAACAACUUGUGCAAGGAAUAUUGGACUCCAGCGGAGCCAUCUGCUCGGCUUGAGAUGGCACCACUGGCUGCCAAUGCUGCCUGGAACAUGGGAGAAUGGGAUCAGAUGGCAGAAUAUGUUUCUAGACUGGAUGAUGGUGAUGAAACAAAAUUCCGUGUACUGGGAAGUACUACUGUUACUGGUGAUGGUAGUAGUAAUGGCACCUUUUUCAGGGCUGUUCUGUCAAUUCGUAAGGGGAAGUAUGAUGAAGCACGUGAAUAUGUUGAAAGAGCAAGGAAAUGCUUAGCUACAGAACUUGCUGCUCUGGUUCUGGAAAGCUAUGAGCGUGCAUAUACCAACAUGGUUCGUGUACAACAGCUAUCGGAGUUGGAAGAGGUUAUUGAUUACUGUACUCUUCCUGCUGUGAACCCUGUUGCUGAAGGGAGACGUGCACUUAUUCGCAAUAUGUGGAAUGACCGCAUCAAAGGCGCAAAACAGAAUGUUGAGGUUUGGCAAGUAAUUUUGGCUGUUAGGGCACUUGUACUUCCUCCAACUGAAGACACUGAAACAUGGCUUAAGUUUGCUCAUCUUUGCCAAAAAAAUGGCAGAAUCAGUCAGGCUAAGUCCACUCUAGUUAAACUUUUACAGUUUGAUCCAGAAACUUACCCAGAAAAUAUGCGAUAUCAUGGACCUCCUCAAGUAAUCCUGGCGUAUCUAAAAUACCAAUGGUCUCUUGGAGAGGACCAUAAACGCAAGGAAGUCUUCUCAAGACUGCAGGAAUUAGCAACUGAUCUUUCAGCCUCGCCUAAUCUUCAAUCAUUAACUCCAACUGGCCUGAUGAAUGCUGCAAAUGUUCCACUGAUUGCCCGUGUAUAUCUUAAACUUGGAACUUGGCAAUGGGCUCUUUCUCCUGGAUUGGACGAUGAUUCCGUUGAAGAUAUUCUAAAUGCAUUCAGGAAUGCUACACAUUGCGCACCAAAGUGGGUCAAAGGAUGGCAUAUGUGGGCCCUUUUCAACACAGCUGUGAUGUCCCAUUAUAUUUUGCGUGGUUUCCCCAGUGUGAAGGCACAAUUUGUUGUUGCAGCUGUUAAUGGAUACUUCCAUUCUAUCUCAUGUGCAGCCAAUUCAAAGGGAGUUGAUGACAGUUUACAAGACAUAUUACGUUUCCUCACUUUGUGGUUCAAUCAUGGCGAAACAGCUGAUGUCCAGAUGGCACUGCAGAAGGGUUUUGCUUUAGUCAAUAUUGACACAUGGUUGGUGGUUUUGCCUCAGAUUAUUGCUAGGAUCCAUUCUAAUAACCCCGCUGUUAGAGAACCGAUACAAUCCCUUUUAGUUCGAAUUGGAGAGAGUCACCCCCAGGCUCUUAUGUAUCCCCUUCUUGUUGCUUGUAAAUCAGUAAGCAAUUUACGUAAAGCUGCAGCUCAAGAGGUGGUUGAUAAAGUUCGUCAACAUAGUGGCGUUCUUGUGGAACAGGCUCAACUUGUAUCUGAGGAAUUGAUCAGAGUGGCAAUACUUUGGCAUGAGUUGUGGCAUGAAGCACUGGAAGAAGCCAGUCGUCAGUAUUUUGGUGAACGUAACAUUGAAGGAAUGCUAAUGGUGUUGGAGCCAUUGCAUGCAAUGCUGGAGGAUGGGGCAAUGAGAAACAACACAACUUUAAAAGAGAGAGCUUUUAUCCAGGCAUUUCAUCAUGAAUUACUGGAGGCUUAUGAGUGCUGCAUGAAGUACAAGAGAACUGGGAAAGAUGCAGAGCUUACCCAGGCUUGGGAUCUUUAUUAUCACGUCUUUAGACGCAUUGAUAAACAGCUUCAAACUCUUACUACGCUGGACUUACAGUCUGUUUCUCCUCAAUUAUUAGAAUGUCACAAUCUGGAGCUUGCCAUCCCUGGGACUUACAAGACAGACUCUCCAGUGGUGACUAUUGCAUCUUUUGCACCUCAACUUGUUGUCAUAACAUCUAAACAACGACCCCGGAAAUUGACAAUUCAUGGCAGUGAUGGAAAAGACUACGCUUUCCUUUUAAAGGGUCACGAAGAUCUGCGCCAAGAUGAACGUGUAAUGCAGCUAUUUGGUUUGGUAAAUACUCUACUCAGAAAUUCAAGAAAAACUUCAGAGAAAGAUCUCUCCAUUGAAAGAUAUUCUGUCAUUCCAUUAUCUCCUAACAUUGGGUUAAUAGGAUGGGUCCCAAAUUGUGACACCUUACACCAUCUCAUUCGGGAGUAUAGGGAUGCUCGGAAGAUCACAUUAAAUCAAGAGCACAAACUUAUGCUUAGCUUUUCAACGGAUUAUGACCAUUUACCCCUUAUAGCUAAAGUAGAGGUGUUUGAGUAUGCAUUGGAAAAUACAGAAGGAAAUGAUCUUUCAAGGGUCCUUUGGUUAAAAAGUCGAACUUCUGAAGUCUGGUUGGACAGGAGAUCAAAUUAUACGAGAAGUUUGGCUGUCAUGAGCAUGGUGGGUUAUCUUCUUGGCUUAGGUGAUCGACAUCCUAGCAACUUAAUGUUGCAUCGUCACAGUGGUAAGAUAUUGCACAUUGAUUUUGGAGAUUGUUUUGAAGCUUCAAUGAACCGGGAGAAGUUCCCAGAGAAGGUUCCGUUCCGGUUGACUAGAAUGCUUGUCAAAGCAAUGGAGGUUAGUGGCAUAGAGGGGAACUUCCGUUCAACGUGUGAAAAUGUGAUGCAAGUUCUCCGUACACACAGCGAUAGUUUGAUGGCUAUGAUGGAGGCAUUUGUUCACGACCCUCUCAUAAACUGGCGUCUUUUCAACUUCAAUGGAGUUCCUCAAGUGUCAACACUUGCAGGCAACCAUGUUCCUCCUGUUGUCAACGGUGAUGAAUUAGCUACUCCAAACAAGGAAAUGCUUCAACCUCAACGGGGUGUUCGGGAAAGGGAGCUUCUUCAGGCUGUCAAUCAACUAGGUGAUGUGAGCGAAGUCUUGAAUGAGCGUGCAAUAGCAGUCAUGGCCCGUAUGAAAAACAAGCUUACUGGACGUGAUUUUUCAUCUUUUUCUUCCGUGUCAAAUUCUCCUACCCAACAUGGAGUAGAUCAUGAUAUGCUGAUAUCUGGUGACACACGCGAAGUAGAACAUGGUUUAUCUGUUAAACUACAAGUUCAGAAACUUAUUCUGCAAGCUAGAUCUCCUGAAAAUCUUUGUCAGAACUAUGUUGGAUGGUGCCCCUUCUGGUAGAUCCUCAGAAUGAGACCAGGAUGUUUAUUCUAAUGUAAAUACUCUUAUGAGCAGCAGCCUUGCAACAUUAUAAUUAGCUCAUUGGUGCUUGCUAUAUAGAUUGUUGAUAACACCUGAAAUUGCAAAGCACCACCUUAAGAAGUCCAUACCAUCUCUGUAAUUGGAUGUAUAUACAGUAUUAUAAGAAGCAUGGUAUAUAUGAAGUAUUAUAACUAUUUAAAGCUCUUAUCUUAGUUCAGUUAUUGUUUUUAUUGUGUAUCAAGUCUGAAAUGCAAUUGUGUUGGAUUUGGUUUAUGUAUAUGGUAGUAUUUGUUGUUA